CUACGGACUGGAGGCUUGAACACGUUUAGUGACAACGCCGACCAAGGUUCUCCCUUGUUUGGACCGUCGCCUCCAGCGACAGCCUCCCUGCUCUUUUUUCCGGGCUGAAAACCUGAAAUAGAGACAAGUGUCCUAUUUCUCGCAAGGCCCCGUGAAACACCUCGGGUCGGGUGGCGACGCCGCAGGCGCCUCCCGGGGGCGCAUCCCCGAGCGUCAGCGGAGACUCACCAUCAGGAGGGUGAAGCCGGUGAGGUCGGGGGCCGAGUCCCCGCAGGGAACAAACAUUGUCACGGUGGUGCGGGAGGAAGAGCUAAGCGCCGCCUGGAAAGAACGCAGGCCGCGGGAAGGCGGAACCCCGAGCUCGGCGCAGCCCCGCGCGCCGCGGGCGGGGUCCUUCGAGUCCCUCGGCGCCGAUUCCCGAAGGCCCGUCCAGUCACCUGCCGGUCUGGAGGGCUGGAAGAGGCGGCGGGGGGCCAGGGACCGUGAGCGAGUAGUGUGUUCGGAGACCCUGGAAGAGCAAGGCGACGGGGGCGCUGCGGUCGCGGGGCGCGGGGCCCUCGCGGGGGUGGGCGGCAGGCGGCGACGAUCAGGCGGCGCGGGAGACAGCCCCGAAGCCAGUUUGUCCGCCACCGUUUGAAAGCAGUUGGCACCGCCGCCACCGCGGCCUCGGUUCCCGCCCAGCCCUGGGUCUGACGCGGCGUCGCGCCCCCCCGGGAGCUGCGCGAGACCAGCGGCCGCGCCGCUUUGUGCGCCAGCCGCGACUAACGCUCCUGGCCGGGCUGGGGCGCGCCGCGCGGGUAGGGCGUCCGAGGCGGCGGGGAGGCGCCGGCCGCCGGCAUGUCGCUGCCCCCGGAGAAAGCCUCCGAGCUGAAGCAGCUCAUCCACCAGCAGCUGAGCAAGAUGGAUGUCCAUGGCAGAAUAAGAGAAAUCCUUGCUGAGACUAUACGGGAAGAACUGACACCUGAUCAACAACAUUUAUCAACGGAAGAUUUGAUCAAAGCCCUUAGACGUCGAGGAAUCAUUGAUGAUGUGAUCAAAGAACUUAAUUUUGUUACUGACAGUGUUGAUCAAGAACUCCCUUCCUCUCCAAAGCAAUCUGUUUGUUUUGAUAGACAAUCAACAUUAAAAAAAACUAAUAUUGAUCCAACACGGAGGUAUCUUUACCUUCAGGUUUUGGGUGGAAAAGCUUUUUUGGAACAUCUGCAAGAACCUGAACCUUUACCAGGACAAGUUUGUUCAACGUUUACUUUAUGUUUACAUUAUCGAAACCAGCGUUUUCGUUCUAAACCUGUUCCAUGUGCCUGUGAACCAGAUUUUCAUGAUGGCUUUUUACUUGAAGUACACAGAGAAAGCUUAGGUGAUGGAACUAGAAUGGCUGAUUCAACAACAAUGUUAUCAAUAAGUGAUCCAAUUCAUAUGGUGCUAAUCAAAAUAGACAUAUUUGGUGAGACUACUUUAGUAGCAUCCUAUUUUCUGGAAUGGCGAUCAGUUUUGGGCUCAGAAAAUGGCAUAACCAAUCUUACCGUGGAACUUAUGGGUGUAGGCACAGAAUCAAAAGUUUCUGUGGGAAUUUUAAAUAUAAAACUUGAAAUGUACCCACCACUCAAUCAAACAUUAUCUCAAGAAGUAGUGAAUACACAGCUUGCUUUGGAACGACAGAAAACUGCAGAGAAAGAGCGAUUGUUUCUUGUCUAUGCUAAGCAGUGGUGGAGGGAAUAUUUGCAAAUUCGACCUUCGCACAACUCACGGCUGGUUAAGAUUUUUGCACAGGAUGAAAAUGGGAUAAAUAGACCAGUCUGUUCCUAUGUUAAACCACUUCGAGCUGGGCGGCUUCUGGAUACUCCAAGGCAAGCAGCAAGAUUUGUCAACGUCCUUGGUUAUGAACGAGCCCCUGUUAUUGGAGGAGGAGGUAAACAGGAACAGUGGUGCACUCUGCUGGCCUUUCUCUGUAGAAACAAGGGUGACUGUGAAGAUCAUGCUAACCUUCUGUGCAGCCUUCUUCUUGGAUAUGGGUUAGAAGCCUUUGUCUGUGUUGGGACUAAGGCAAAAGGAGUACCUCACGCGUGGGUUAUGACUAGUGGAACUGAUGGAACCAUCACUUUUUGGGAGAGUUUAACAGGACACAGGUACAUCCACAAACCUAUCAAUCCUGAUGAACCUCCACUCGCUGAACAGCCCAAACCGUUGUACCCAUAUCGAACAAUUGGUUGUGUUUUCAAUCAUCAGAUGUUCCUGGGAAAUUGUCAACCUUCUGAUGCUGUAGAAACUUGUAUAUUUGAUUUGAAUGAUGAAUCCAAAUGGAAACCCAUGAGUGAAGAAGCAAUUAAAUCUGUGUGUGCUCCAGGAGCUACAACGUCCCUACCUCCCUUUCCACCUCUAUGUGCAUCCACGAUUGAUGCAUCAGUAACAAGUAAUGAAAUAGAAAUGCAACUGAGACUCCUGGUGUCAGAACAUAGGAAGGAUCUUGGUCUCACUACUGUUUGGGAAGACCAGCUUUCCUAUCUUUUAUCACCAGCUUUGGCUUCUUAUGAAUUUGAGCGUACGACAAGUAUAUCUGCAGGCAAUGAGGAAUUUCAGGAUGCAAUAAGGAGGGCUGUGCCUGAUGGUCACACAUUUAAAGGGUUUCCAAUACAUUUUGUGUAUAGAAAUGCAAGGCGUGCAUUUGCCACGUGUCUUCGGUCUCCUUUCUGUGAAGAAAUAAUCUGUUGCCGUGGAGACCAGCUAGCUGGUAAGGGGAUCCGAACUCUUGACCCCAUUGGUGUUAUAAGCCCACACACUAACCAACUGAGCUAACUGGUCAGCCCCUGAUCAUUAUUUUUCAUAGAUUAACGGGAUUAUUUUAUAUAAAUUAGGAGAAAUUAACCUCACAACAGACUUAUUUAUUACAUAGGUGAAAAUACAUUUUUGUGAAUUAUCAUUUUAGUGAUUUACCCUUGGCCCUAGGGAUAUUUCAGACUUCCCAGAAAUUUAUGGGAAGACCUUGAAGAGAAGAAUAGGAAAAAACUAAUACCAGAAAAGCAUAAAUACUAAUGACAAACCUCGCAGCAAAGUACAUGAAUAACUUAUAAAUAUUUAUUAGUUUGGUUCAUUAUAAAAAUGAAUUGGAUAUUUUAGAAAAAAAUGUAUUCCACCCCUUUGUUAUUAUGCUGAUAAAUUGUUUUCUGUGGUUAAUAUUGGCAGUGUGUCACUGAUUUUCUGUGGUCAAGGAUUCAUUAUUAGCCUUUUCAUGAAUUCCAUCUUCUGAAACCACUUUUUUUCUUUUCUCAUUGUGAUAAAAACAUUAGCAUAUAUGUAACUAAUCUGAGAGAGUCAUUGUGUGAGGCCACUGAAAACAAGCAUAUGUGAGUGACUUCAUGCUGAUAUUUGUUUUAAAAUUGAGCAAGUUGUAAAAGUUAGUUUUGAGGGCCGAGCCCGUGGCGCACUCGGGAGAGUGCGGCGCUGGGAGAGCGGCGACACUCCCACCACCCCACCACGGGUUCGGAUCCUAUGUAGGAAUGGCCGGUGCACUCACUGGCUGAGUGCCGGUCCCGAAAAAGACAAAAAAAAAAAAAAAAGAAUUCAAAGAGCAAAAAAAUAUUAAAAUAAAUAAAUAAAUAAAAUAAAAUAAAAGUUAGUUUUGAGUGAACAAAAGUUAAGCAUUAAAAAGACUAGCAAUUCAGCUCUUUGUGAGAAGCUUCAUGAUACGAGUGAUAGGUUUGACUGUCGGUUCGUCAUUUCUGAGUGUGGUUCUUAAUUCAGUUGCUUCAUCUAUUGGUCUUAAGAAAGUAUAUGCCAGUUGGCUAUCCAAGUUAUUAGUUCUUUUCAUCCCUUUAAUUCACAAUAGCAAAGAAAAUGACUUAAUUUUUUUAAAUUAAAAUCUAAAUGUGUCUUACUUUUUGAUUUCUUUUUAUAUGUGAUAAAUAGUUAUGAUUUAACUUGUUUAAAAAGCCUGAAAAAUAUUACUAUCCCUCUUCUACCAGUUUUCAUUGAAAAUGGUAAACAGAUGUUUCUUAUGAGACUGACAUGACUUUAGGGAAUUAGUAGAUAAUAAUUAAGACUUUUUUUUGACUCUUUGCCAAAUUUACACGUAAAGCUAUCAACAGAAAAUUGCUUGUAAUUUUCAACUUUUGAGACGAACUAUGAGGCAAUAUUAAGAUCAAGGCUAUAUUAACAUUGAGGCUGGACUUCCUGACUUGCUUUACCAGAGUAACACAUGAAUUUUGAAUGUGCUUU